CGGACGUGUGUCGCUGUUGGGACUGCAGCCUGUGCUCAGUGGGGUCCGCUCGUCUCACUUUGUUUAUGUGCUACAUACGGAUAUACAUCCGACCGUCGACGCCGAACUGAUGUGACAUGUAGUGAGCAGCGGGGGGUCUUCUCUAAAGAAGUGUCACCUCACAUGGGAGUGUGCGACCGUGCUCGUGCGCGUCUGCUUCUGUCGCCUGCUGUUAACCAACAGGCAUGGCGGGGGGCAGAGAGCGCGGCUCCAGAAUACAGCGACCGUGGUCUGUGUACCGGGCGAGCACGUUCGAGUUGUCCAGCGAGAUCAUUGGCUUAGCACUCGCAGGAAACAGUCAAGAUCCUGAUGAACCUGUGCUCGAGUUUAGUGUUUCGUGCACUGACCUGGUGACGCCAAAUCUGGAGAGAAAACCCAACAGUUUUGUAGCAGUGAGUUGCACCACACCACCGCAGGCCUUUUGGACCAAACACGCACAGACAGAAGUCAUAGAGGGAACAAGCAACCCAAGCUUCCUCAGCAGCAUCGCCUUCUUCCAGGACUCAAACAUCAACCCACAAACGCAAGUGAAACUGGCCGUGUACGAUGUCAAGGACCGAUCCCAGGGCACGAUGUACAUGCUGGGGACCACUCUUUUUCCAAUAAAAGAGUUGAUGCAGGACAAGAGCCACAGAUUAGAGCUGGUGCUCAGAUCGGCCGAAAACAAGCGAGUGGGGAAGGUUGUUGUUGCUGCUUGGCAGAUGGAGGACAAAGCCGUUCAGAGGAAGGCGGUCGGCCAACUCCCAGACAGCAUCACUGGUCGGACAAUCCUGCCUGUAGAUGAGAGCCUGACAGAGUCAAUGGGAGUUCGGAUCAGAUACGCAUCUCUGUGCAAGGAUACCCUGCUGCGUUCAGUGUUUGGAGGCACAAUGUCAAGAAUAUACCGCUUUCCAACGACUGAGGGAAACCACCUACGGGUGCUGGAGCAGAUGGCAGAGAGCGUCCUGUCGUUAAACAUCCCCAGGCAGUUUGUGAAGCUCCUUUUGGAGGAGGACACAGCCAGGGUAUGUGAGCUGGAGGAGCUCGGAGAAUUGUCGCCUUGCUGGGAGAAUCUGCGGCGUCAGAUUCUGACGCACUACCAAACUACCAUACUGAGUUACCAGGGAACACUGUCUGACCUCACCAACUACAGAGGUCCUUCAUUUAAAGCCAGCAACUUGAAGGCAGAGAGAAAGCUGGAGUUCAUGCCGACCAACCUGCAUGUUCAGCGGAUGAGAGUGCAGGACGAGCUGGCCUUUGAUCAUACCUAUGAUGUGAUAACCAUCGGCGCUCCGGCUGCUCACUGCCAGGGUUUUAAAAACAGUGGCCUGAGGAAACUCAUCCAGAAAUUCGAGGAGGCAAAGAAACACGUAUAUGAGGAGGAAUGCGGUACCGUGUCCAGCUCUCAGUCAAUUGUCUACAUACCGGAGGACAUUGUUCGAGCCAAAGAGAUUAUCGCCCACAUCAACACGCUCAAAACUCAGGUCAGCUACUACGCGGAGAGACUAUCCAGAGCAGCUAAAGACAAAUCUGCAAGCGGGUUGGAGAGGACACUGAGCAUUCUUACUGAUAAGACUCGUCAGCUGGUGACGGUUUGCGAUUGUAAGCUGUUGGCUUCAGCGAUCCAGGCCCUGAAUGCAGCACGGCCAGAGUACAUCGCCUCGAAGGCAUCGCCCUCGGCAGAGUCAGAACAAGUCGUCCUCCGGAACGACCAGGACACGCUGCUGGCCAAGUGGAGCGGCAGCAACAGCCGAUCGUCUCUGCACGUGGACUGGCACGAGGAGGAGUGGCCCAAUGGUGUGUCCCAGGAGAAGGUGUGGCUGAAUGUGGACAAGUCUCUGGAGUGCAUCAUCCAGCGGGUCGAUAAACUGCUUCAAAAGGAUAAAAGACCCCUCACAGAGAGCCAGGACACCUCACUGACUGACCCGCAGGAGAGCAGCACUAAGAAGGAUGGAAGCCCCUGCAUAGAGGAGGCGUAUCCAGGCGAGUGGAGCGAGGCCUUGUAUCCUCUUCUCACAACUCUUACCGAGUGUGUGGCAAUGAUGAGCGACACGGCCAAGAAGUCCAUGGUGUUUCUACUGAUGCAGGACAGCGCACCCACUAUAGCGAUGGAUGUGUCGCUGCAGUACCGUCGUGACGUUGUCUUCUGCCAAACGCUCACGGCGCUCAUCUGCGGCUUCAUCAUUAAACUGAGGAACUGUCUCCAUGACAGCGGAUUCCUUCGACAGCUUUAUACCAUCGGUCUGCUGGCAGAAUAUGAAUCCCUGCUCAGCACCUACGGUGAGGAACUGGCCAUGUUGGAGGACAUGAGCAUCGGCAUCAUGGAUCUACGUAAUGUCACGUUCAAGGUCACCCAGGCGACCGGCAGCUCCGCCCCUGACAUGCUGCCAAUCAUCACAGGGAACCGGGACGGCUUCAAUGUUCGCAUCCCACUGCCCGGCACCAUGUUUGAUGCGUUGCCAAGGGAGAUCCAGAGCGGUAUGCUGCUGCGGGUUCAGCCGGUGCACUUCAACGUGGGCAUCAAUGAACAGCAAACGCUGGCGGAGAAGUUUGGAGACACAUCCCUGCAGGAGAAUAUUAACCUGGAGAGUCUGGCGAGGUUAAACUCAUACUACGAACAAUUUAAAGAAGUUCUACCAGAGGACUGUCUCCCACGAUCCCGUUCUCAGACAUGUCUACCUGAGCUGCUGAGGUUUCUUGGCCAAAACGUCAACGCCAGGAAGAACAAGAACGUGGACAUCCUGUGGCAGGCAGCAGAGAUUUGUCGCCGGCUCAAUGGCGUUCGGUUCACCAGCUGCAAGAGCGCCAAGGACCGUACGGCCAUGUCAGUCACUCUGGAACAGUGCCUGAUCCUGCAGCACGAGCACGGCAUGGCGCCGCAGGUCUUCACGCAGGCUCUGGACUGCAUGCGCAGCGAGGGAUGCCGGCGGGAAAACACUUUCAAGAACGUGGGUUGCAGAAAAUAUGCCUUCAACUCGCUGCAACUUAAAGCUUUCCCAAGAUACUACAGACCCCCUGAUGGAACUUUUGGGAAAGUUGAAACCUGAAACGUGGUCAUGCUGCUGGUGGUUUCACAGACUGAUGGCACCUUCCAAAAGUGUCUUCAAUAAGGCCCUCUACUACUGUGUUCAUGUUUGGUAGCUAACAUUGAGUCUACAGAUGUUUUCUGUUGCAAAACUGCCUUAAGAAGUGACAUGUAAAGGAUGACUUGAGACUGUAGAAUAAAUAAAUCAGAAAUUGACAGGUAUUUAGUGUCUUGAUGUGCAGUCAUGUUGCUGAAAAUAUAUAUUUUUGUAUCAGAAAAAUAUGGCUCAGUCACUUGGGUUCCAAGUCACUGAGGUACAGUGACUCAUAGUCUAGGUCUAGUCUGCAUCCUAUCCCGACCCGCUAACUUUACGUGUCAUCAAAUUACAAUUUUUUUUUAGCUGCUAUCAUCAACUCAAGUACGUAGUUAAAGAGACGCCUCUGUGCAAAAUGUUUUUAUUGACUCAUGAUGUCAUCUACUGAACCAGACUUGCACCGCUCUUCCCGGUGGCUUAACUUUGCCAUGGUGUCGCACAUGGACGCACUGAGCCUCAAAUGAACUCAAAUGGUGUCAUUGAACCUGCCAGGUGCUGCCUUGUUAUCUUGACACUGGCAAUCUAUCAGGUCCCUAUUGGGUCGCGAGCACGGGUCGAUGUUCAGAGUGACUGGAAAAAAAAAAAGAAGAGUCUUCAGCCUGGGUGAGAAUCUGUGCUAGCAGGAGAGAACUCACUCUCAGCAGUGUGAGAAGCAAAGUCAUACUGUACUGAGGGCUUUUGGGGGAAAGCAGAGGGCAAGAAACAAAUGCCAAAAGGAACUUUUUCUUCUUUCAACUUCGAUAUGAGUGACCAGUUACCCAAAGGAGGGUGCUGUUGUGCUACAGUCUGGUCUGACACACACAUACUGAGUCAGCCAAAACACUGAACACUUACUAGGGUAAGGAAGGUGGUGAUAUUCCUCUGGUGACGUCAUCAAGUGAUGUAUGGAUGUUUUGUUGAUGACGUCACAUUGUGUAAUGUGCUGCACCUAGAAUUGGUGACUCAAUAAUGUUCCGUCAGAAAGAACUUUUUAUGCCUUUCAUUUAUGUAUGGUGUACUUUCUUUUCUCAUAUUCGGUUGUGUUCUCAUGAUCUACCAUUUGCUAUUGAAAAAUAUUAUCUGGUCAUAUUUUUAUUUAUUUUUUAUCAGUAUAUUUUCCCCAGUCAAAGGCCUUCUACCAUGAAUUUCCUAUAACAUAUGCCAAAACAUGUACAUAUAUGGCCCAAGUGGAGACUCCACAAAAAAGGACAUUGUGCUGAACUGAGUUGCUUCAAGUUGGAUUUGAACUGGUGACUUUUUUUAUGAGACGGUGCCUCUGCACCACAGUAUUCUGUCUUUUAUUACCAGUUUCAAAAUAGUUUGCGGGGGCCACUCAUGCAGUACUACCUUUUAAUGAUGCGGACAGCGGGAUGUAGGAAAUUUGGACCUGGCUGUCUGUGUCAUGCAGUAACACUUGCAGUAGGAAAUAAUCCAGCCAUCAUGACUCAGAUUGGUUGAUGUCAAAAUUAAUUUUCUUCAAAUAAAAAUUCUGUAUUAUAUUAUUUUAAUUAACUUACAUUGAUGCAAAAUCCUCAGACAAUUUUCCUUCACAUUUAUUUCCCCGUUCUGGCCCCAGUCAGUCAGGUGCCCUGAAAAUCGUCCCAACUUUCGCUAUUGCGCCACCACUGAUUGGGAUCUUCUGAUCGCCCACAAAGCCCCUAUUCACUGUGGUUUUAAGGACAUUCUUCGUGGAAGUCUAAAUCAAGGCCAAAAGGCAUUAAAACAUAAGAAAAAUUUGGCUUGAAUUGAAUUUGUUUGUAAAAUAUUUGAGGAAAAUGAAGCGUACUGAGAGUUGUAUGCAUAAAUAUAUGAGUUUAACUACAUCCUGAGAGGCAUAUUGUCACAGAUGUGUAAUAGUUUUCUCUUUAUUUUUAAUACUGUUAAAAUGUGGCAUUUCGAUAUUACAGUACUUUCAAUGAGGAAGAAAAGUAGACAUGCAAUGGGAGUGAAGAAACCCACAAAGUUUGUCAGCAGACGAUUGUUUUAAAUAGGUUAUUGGAGAAAUACCUGGCCUGGUCGGCUUCUAUAGAACCUGCUUUGGUUCUUCUGCCCUCACUGCAGGAAAAGGUAUAGACAGAAUCCUUUAUUUCUCCACAUGCAGUUUAACUACAAACACCAGGGACAACUUCCGAUGUCCAAAAGGAAUCAGGGUGAAGAGAGGGGCCUGACAUGUGGGACUCGAGGAAACAGAUUUACGGAGAACAGAUCAAAGAUCAUUCCUCUGCCCUGGUUAUUUUUGGCUCUUGGUUGAUCAGAGGUUGUCAUCUUCGUCCAGAAACGUUUUUACUUUUACCGGUUGUUCAGCGAAGCGUGUGCUUGUGGGUAGACAUCCGGGGAUGGUGCUUGUGUUCUGGGGAUGUGGAGAUGGGUUUAUGGAUCUAUUCCUGUAAAAGAACACGCUUCUGUUUGUCUCAGGAUUUCAUUCUGGGUAACUCACAUGUGGCUUGAGAGGUUUCAUGCUUGAUGCACUCACUGCCCCCAGCCUUUUCCACGACAGUGUGACCGCCUCAUAAACGAAUUAGUAUUUCAAUCAUUUGUGUCUUAUGACUUGAAGUGUUCAUUUUAGUGACAGGACUUGAUCUCAAGGUUUUCUAAUUAAUUCAUUGUGAUUCAUCCCAUUUUCAUAUUAAACACCAGAAUCAUCAAAUUCAGGUUGAAUCUGUCCACAACUCUGCACUGAUCAACAUUUUUGGGCUUCUCUCGUGAUAUUAUCUAUGAUCUAUCUAUCCUCACAUUUUUUCACUCCCUCCUUCAUCAUGCAUGUUUUGGUUGUGACAUCACAUGGUACAAUGUGUUGCUCCUGGAAUUGGUGACUGAACAAUGUUCCUUGUACUUCACAAGAAAUCAGUCUUAUUUGUAGCCAUUAAAUAUCAUGUUGUGUCAUUUUCCUGGUUUCAGUUUCAUCCAGCACAGAGCUACAGCUCAUGCUGUGGUUUCCCUUUUGCUCUUACAGUAAAAUGCGAAUAAUGUCAAAACAUCAUGUUUUAUUUUCCUGGAUUUACAUCACUUUUCACGAGUUGAUUUCUUGUCUGUUCGUUCCACUCCAACUUGGCGAAACCUCGCCGAUUUGACGCAUUGCAGUGGCGUGCAGUAGCGCAGGCAACACUUUGUUUAAAUAAGUAUCAAGUUUGUAUUUCCAUAUGACAGUAAGUCAUUUUUCCUUUUUCCUUUUUUAAUAAGCAUUGUUAGGCCACAGCACAGAAAGAAGGUUAAUACUUAAACAUUGGUAUCGGAUCGGUAUCGGACGUAAGCGAAAGCCCAGGAAUCGGUAUCUGAACCAUAAAAGUCGGAUUGGUGCAUCCCUAAUUUUGUUUGUUAAAAUGUUUGACUGCCUUUAUUUUUUUUUCUUCUUUGGCACCACAUUCCCCUUAUUCAUUUAUUUAUAAUGCGAGUUAGGACCAACAACACACAAAGGAACUCCACAAGUACUUUGAGUAAGUAUUAAAGAAGUACAGUGUGCAGACACUUUAUG